UUAAAAAACAUGAUGUACAAUUAAUGUACAAAUGUUGGUAUACCCUGCCAAAACUCUUCCCAUCUUGUUUAAGUAACCAAAAAAAGAUCCUUACUUUAGUAUGCUAAUCAAAUUGAGGACUACUGAUUAAACACCACUUAUUGAUUGAGUCGAAUCUUUUUGUCCUUUCUGAGGAGCACAAAUUUUCCUUGGGUCUCUCACCGGAGCUUCCCCAGUCCCGAUUCGUCAGCCGCCGCCGGAACUCUGCUGAGACACCUGUUCUUAAGGUGAGAUUUGAUCCUAAUUUCAAGUCGAAUUCUGAAGCUGAAAGGAAAAACAGAUUUGGUUCGUGUACUUAACCAAUUUAAGUUGUCGGUGUUUAUGGAGCUAAGAUGAACGCGCGCCCUACAUUGUUUAAUCAAAGAUCAUAUGAAGCUACUACGGGCAUGGGUGUCUCUGGACCGAUGUCUGCUAUUCCCGUUUUUCCCUCAAUAGAACCAAACCUUCCUAACCGGGAUAGAACCAUUGAUGAUUGGAGCAGAGACGGAAACCAUGGUUUUGUUAAUGAAUAUUCGACAAGUGUUCUGGUUCAAAACGGUCAGGUUGAAACACUUGCGGGUGUGAUGAUGUCAUCAGACAACUAUGCUGCCAAGAAAGCUGAUUGGCAAGAAUGGGCAGACGAGCUAAUGGAUGACGAUGAUAACUGGAAAGAUCUUCUUCUACUUGACGUCGAUGUCCCUGAUCCAGGCCCCAAGCUGCUUUUACCGUUGCCCGAUUUACCCCUCAUCAUUCCACAACCCCAAACUCAACAUCAACCUACUCCCACACUAGCUGAACAAAGUUGUGCUGUUGCAAGUCCUUCAUCCACUGUUGCUGCUGCUGCUCUACCCAAGCCACGCAUGCGUUGGACACCCGAACUUCAUGAAGUCUUUGUAGAAGCUGUCAAUAAACUCGGCGGUAGUGAAAGGGCAACUCCGAAGGCAGUACUUAAACUCAUGAAUGUUGAAGGGCUGACUAUAUAUCAUGUAAAAAGCCACUUGCAGAAGUAUAGGACGGCCAAAUACAAACCAGAGCCCUCAGAGGGAAUGUUGGAGGGGAAGCCAUCUGGAAUUGUUGAUGCGGCAUAUAUAGAGAUGAAAACGAGUAUGGGUAUAACAGAAGCGCUACGGAUGCAGAUGGAAGUACAGAAGCAGCUUCACGAACAACUUGAGAUACAAAGAAAAUUGCAGCUGAGGAUAGAAGAACAGGGGAGGUACCUUCAGAUGAUGUUUGAAAAAACGAGGAAGGAAGGGAAAGAAGAACUAACAACAUUGUCACCACUACCGGACACUGUUGAAACCAGUGCUGAGUGGGGCACACACGAAAGACUUCCCGAAGAUGAUGAAUCAGUUGGGAAAGAUUUCGAUUCCCCAGCACUGAAGCGGGCUAAAGUUGGCGAAACAAAACCGGCUCAAUAAACCAGGACAUUGUCUGCCAUUUGAAUGAACAUAUUUAUGUAUUUAGGUACAUUUGGGGUCUCUGAACCUUUAGUUAGAGAGUUAUGCUUAGUUUCUAAUGACUAAUAAUACUCCGGAGUAAUUCCCCAUUUUUACAUUUUGUAACAAUAAUCCUUCCAAAUAAUGUACCCUGAGAAUCGUCGCCAUUCUUACUCUGCUUGUUGAAGGUAUGAAUUGUUCAUAUUAAUAAUAUUUGUGGGGUCUG